ACCGUAGAGAAGGCUCUUCCUUGAGCCGCUCGGACGACAGCAGCAGCAGUAGCGAUAUGAGCAAGCGCAGCAAAACUAGGCCCGGUCCGGCCAGGACCACACGGCAGCGUUCGAUUCAAGCGGAGGGCAUUUACAACAAUGCACCAUUUAUAUACGCGGCCACAUCGCAUGUCGGCAACAUCGUGCAAAUCCAGACACCGGCCGGUCAAAUAUGGGAGGGCGUGUUCCGGACAUUCUCCCCACUGUUUGCGGUUGCGCUGGAAAUGGCACAUCGCAUUGAGGUAGGACCGGACAACACGACAAAAAUCAUCGUGGGUUCGUUCACCGAGAAGCUGAUCUUCAAGCCGAACGACAUCGUAACGUUCGCGGCGAAGAACGUCGACCUGGAGUACGCGACGCGCGACACCUUCAAGACCGACACGGCCAUCUCGCGCUGCAACGGCACCAGCUGGCUGGAGGACCGCGAGCUCGAACCGUGGGACGGCGAAAGUGGCAGCCUCAAUGGCGACCUGUACGACAACAGCAGCCUCGAGCUGGACAGCAGCGCCGACGGGUGGGAUGUGAAUGAGAUGUUCCACAAGAACGAGACGAUCUACGGCGUACAUUCGACGUUCGACCAGUCCCUGUCCGGCUACACGGUGCAGAUACAGAAGAAGGACAGCGAAGAGUUCAAGGUGCAGGAGCUCGAGGCGGAGAAGAUUGCGAACGAGAUCGAGAACAAUCCGGUGUACAAGGAGCGCAUCGACGUAGAGAACGGCGACGAGGAGGCCGCCUUUGCCGCCGUCAGUCGUCCGGUGAACGCGCCCGCCGCAGCGUCGAGCGCGGGCGGUUCGGGUCCUCCCGGAGCGGGGGCUAACGCCAGCGCCCCCACACCGGUGGCGAUAAACGAUAAAAACUCGAACAUUAUCAACUCCAACAGCAGUAGCACCGGCGGUGGAAGCAGUAGUAAUAGCGCCAGCAGUGCAAGCAAUACGGGCGGCAACUCGGCGGUGGCCAACAAUAAUAACAACACGACCAACGCGAUGCCCUCGAACACGAAGUACAUUGUGCCGGCCAAACGCAAGCCGGGCCAGGGAGGCAAGCUGGUGCGAAGCACUCCGCCACCACUAGCCAACAAUAACAACAACAAUAACGGAGGUCCACCGGUUUCCGUAAACUCCCAGCAACAGCAGCAGCAGCAGCAACAGCCGCCAAGCCCUCAGGCGCCGCACAAGAACAACUAUGGCCAGAUGAUGCCCGUGCAGCAACAUCAGCAACAGCAGCAGCCGCCACCACAGCAACCUCCGCAGAACAAUCAGCAACAACACGGUGGUGGUGGUGUAAUGCAGCAUCCAUCCGGCCCUCCGCAGUACGGUAUGCACGCGAACCAGUCGCCUUACGGUCACGUGCAGCACCAGCAGCAACAUGCGCCACCCCCGCAACAACAGCAGCAGCAGCAGCAACAGCCGCCGCCGCAUGUGCAGCAAGCGUCGGUUAUGAACGCGAACAAGAUGAACGGCGAUGGCGGUCGGGGAGAUAUGUCCGGGCCUCCUGGCGGCGGCGGUGGUGGAGGUGGCGGUGCGGGUGGAAACAUGAAUGUAAAUAGCAAUCAGAAGCCUCUUCCACAGCGUGCGGUACGGCAGUACCCGAACACGCAGGCCCAGGUGACGUACACUGAGCCUCCGCCAUCGCUGAACCCCCAGCAGAUGCAGGCCCUGUCCAAGCCUCCGAUGCAUAUGGCGCAUCCACACCAUGCGGUUGUGCCACCGCAUCAUCCACCUCCAUCCGUCGGUUCUCCCGAGCAGCAGCAGCAGCAACAACAACAACAACAACAGCAACAGCAGGUUGUAAUUCAGCAGCAUCAUUUGCCGCCACCGAUGAUGGGUGUCCAACAGCAGCCUCCGCAGCAGCAGCAACAGCAGCCACCGCUGCUACAACAGCAGCAGGUUCAGGGUCCACCGCCGCAACCUCAGCGUCCAGUGGUCCCCCGCAACCGGGACAUGGAGAUCGACAACUUGCGCAAGUUCGGCCAGGACUUCAAACUCGCUCCCCCGCAGCAACCUCCCAUGCCGAAUGUGCAUCAACAGCCGCCACCCUCUACCCAGCAGCAGCAUCAAGCGGGCCCUCCGACGCAACACGGUGGCGUGGUCGUGCACCAGCAGCCUCCACCGCCACAGCAGCAGCUGCAGGGCCAGCAGCCGCCGGAUCAUUCGGCCCCGCCACUCCUCGAUCACAGUUCGCCACCACUCGUGAACCAGCCGCAGCCCAAAAUGGUGAGCCAGCACAACGAACCACCACCGCAGGCCCCCAAUCAACACCCGCAGCAGCAACAGCAGCAACAAGUGCCCCCAAACCAGAACCAACAGAACCAGGCGUCCCAGACCACCUCCGGCAUGGUACCGGCUCCUUCCCCGCACCUGGUCUCGCAACAACAGCAACCUCCGCCCAACCAACAACAGCCACCACCACCUCAGGGUGGGCCGCAGCAGCCGCUCUCCGUCGGUGGAACGCCGCCACAGCAGCAAGCUCCUCCUGGCAGUCAGAACACUCCGAACAGUGGCGGUGGCACGCUUGUUGUAAGUGGAGCACCACCACCGAACACACCCGGUAACGUCCCGGGAGGUGGUGUGCCGGACAAUGGAGCCAGCGGUGGUGGCGGUGGUGCCGGAAGUGGAGAACAGAAACCCGGAACAACGGCCAAGAAGGUCUUUACACUGAAUCCGGCGGCCAAACCAUUUACGCCCCGCAGCCCAAGCACCCCCAACCCGUCACGCCCGCACACACCGCAAACGCCUGGCCCGGCCGCGUUAGCGCAGGGUUCGUUCCAGCCGCAGGUCAUACAGCAACCGAUCAUGAUGCAGUACGUGGUGAACCAGUCCUCAUUCCCGGUCGCUCAGCAGCAUCCGCACGUGGGCCAACCGACGCGUAUUCGCAAUGGACGCCAAGGUAGCUACCGGAAUGACAUUUUUCCCGUCGGUGCGUCUCAGAUGCAGGUGGCAGCCGCAACCGGACAGCCACUGCUGGCGCCUAAUCCGCUACAGAUGAUCACGACGCCGUACGGGCCGGCCAUCCACACGCAGCCCUUCCAAACGGGGCCAGCAUUCCACCAGCAGUACCGCGCGAUCUACGACGCACCACAGCCCGCGCCCCUGCAGUACCUGGCGGCGACGCCACCCUCGACUACGCCCUCGCCCGGCCAACCGCACCAACAGUACCAUCCGGGCCCGCAGCCAUCGCCGGCCGGCGGUGGCCCGCCGACGUACGCGCCCGUCCACCAUCAGCCACCGACGGCGUACACGAUCCCGAUGUGCAAUCCGGUCGGUCCGCUCCAGGUGGUGCAGCCGAUCUACCAGAACAUCACGUCCGCACCGCAGCAAAACCAUCACCAGCAGAGCAUGCACGUCAUGCACAUGCAGCAGCAUCCGUCGGCGCAGUAGCAUAAGUUCCAAGCGGCCACACCCGGUGCAAACGGUCCGCCUCCACCUCAUCCGUCGUACGCAAAGGUUUUGAAAAAUUGAACUUAUCAGCAAGAGAAGAGAGAGAGAGAGGGAGUGUGUUAGACGACAGAAGACCUAACUAUGUAUACCACCAUCCCCAGCCGGCGGCUCCGCCAUGAAAACUCUGAUCGUGUGUGUGCGUGUGUGCGUGCGUGCGUGGCCAGCUUGAAUAGCAAACUUCCAUCCUUUGCACGGCGAACGUCCAUUUGUUAGGCAAAAAACAAAAAAAAAAUAACAGCGAGAGAGAAGAGACAGCCCGCGGGAAGGAUUGCCAUCAAUUUCCGCAACCCGAAGAAACUGAACUGAUCUUCGCGCAACGUACGCCAACCGUAUCUGUAUAUUAAAACUCGUAUCAAUAAGUUAUUAAAAGUAGUACUACUAAGGAAGAAGAGAUAGAGGGGGAGCGUGGUUCCGUGAUAGGCCCAUCUUUGGUAGCUCGUUGCACAUCCCAUUCAUCCAAAACCAGUCCCUCCUGCUCCUUCACCCUGUACGUACGAGUGGGGGAGACUCUUUCCACUUACGCACAGGCAAUGUAAGCCUUUGUGGGGGGAAGAUCGAUGAUCGAAGACGGAAGAAAAUAAGCCGCUCCCCGUCCCUCCCAAGAUGCAACAAAAAGCCUACGCAUCCCCGUAUCCGGUCUCCAUAUCCCGGUGUAAAUAUCAACAGUAUCCCUUCUGAGGAACCUAACGUAACAACGGCGACGACGACGUUGGUGGAGUAAUGCAUGGAAACGAAAAAGACACAUACACAGACACGCAAGUUACAUUUCUAAUCCUAUCCCUGAUAAUUUUCUUCUGCCACAUUGGCUUUUUAAUUCGUUUCUCCGUUACACUAUGUACAGUUUGUUUGAUUGGUUUUUUCUUCCGUUUUUUGUUUUGUUUUCUGAUACACCCUUGUGCAAAAAACAUUCCCUACCCAUCCUUUGGUGAAACAACUGAAAAGUGAAACAUGUAAAUAUUUCACAAACAAACCUAAUUUGCAAAACACCUGUAAGCCUUUAUGUGAAAACACAUGGCGCACCACGGACCCGAGUUCGUGGGAAAUUCAUUGCGACCAAAUCGGGAGGUGAUGGGAGAUAUUUUCUCUGGAAUUAUUAAUAAUCCCCCUCCCCAUCGUUGGUUUUAUAUCUUUGUGUGUUUGAACUUUUUGUGGAUGGAGUGACAAAGGUACGAAAAAUGCUUACUCCAUCACGAAGCCGCCAACCGAGGAAUCACCUCGUAAUGUCACGCGGGCAACCGUUCGUUCCGGGUACGUGUACAUCGACACUGUAAAAAUGUAACGCGAUAGAAUUAAAAUCGAAGAAAGUAGAAGAUGAAAUCGACACCCCCUGAUGCCCGAAAAAAAAAUGGUAAGGACACUUUAUCUGUUGACCCUUCUUUUCUUCCUUUCCUAGCCACGUUAGGAAAGAGAAAGGGGGAGCGUUGUCUGUAUUCCUUUUUCGCGCAUAAUCAAACUACAGGCGUCUCUGUGUACUGUUUUGGUGGGUGAAAACAAUCGAUUGGGGUCGAUUGUCGAUGGCGAGAGACGCCGUACGGCUCACGGUUGCUUCACUUAUGAACUGUGAGCUGCAAACGUUUGGGGGAAUGCCUGAAUGGCGGUGUAGUAACGUAUUAUGUAUUUAGCUAAAUCAAAUUAAACUAAAUCUACACGCGCGGUGUCGGUGUAGGGAUGAUCGGAAGGGGAUGGGAAAAGUGCGAUCAUGCUUCAAUAAACAUCAGUCAGUUUAGGAAAGCCCGUAGAGCCGACGGCUAACGAAUUGUCCGUGAUCGCCUGCAAAUGAAAGAUCGAAGUAGACAUGAGUGUAAAAGACGUCAGAGAAACAGCCAAAUUUGAGAGGCUGGCCGUGUGGAGACAUGGGCGAUGUUAUGUACAGAAAGAAGCGCAAACCCAAUAGGUUACCCACGGGGAUGGUAAACAGAACGGACCGAAAACGAAGCGAGAGCAAUAAGUAUAGACAGUUGGCAUAAUGGUUGGACAAACGAUGAUGUAAAAUAAGCAUGAACGAAAAGCGGAUGAGCAAAAGAAAAAGAUGAACUCCUAAUGGAGAAAAAAUCAAACUGGAAUGAAAAUGGCAGAGCAGAGAAUCGUCUUGCUCGAGGAUGUGGUGAUAUAGGGAAAGGAAUGCAUUGAACUCGGUAGCCAAUAUAAAUAAUAUAAAUUAUUGAAUCGAAAACAGCCGUGUGCGGUACGGAGACAAAGAAAAAGGUAGCACAAUUGCAAAUCGGCCCGAAUGGACACACCUAGGUACAUUAAAGAAGUAACAAGUAAGAACACAACCUUCAACAUAAACCCAAACGUACGACUCACUCGGACGCUCGGAGACAGUUAUUCCGGAGGGGGGCCCAGUUCCAGUGACUCUUAGCACUUAGCAAAUUAGCUAGCUCGAAGGACGAAAGGACGAUGAAUGCCCGUUGAAAUGCGUGUGAGUGUGUUUGUGGAAACGAAGCAAUGGUGGGCAGAAAUAGACCUUAUUAGACACACAUCCAAACAGUUGACGAGAAGUGCGUGUGUGCGUGAUAUGUCCGCAAACGUGCAGCAAAGAGAGACCGGGUGGUGCUAUUAACACGACAAACAAGAAAGAGAAAGAGAAAGAGAAGGAAAGAGAAGAAAAAAAAAUAAAGCAAAAAACACUAGGUGUGUAGGAGAAAAUUACAGUUUAAAAAAGGUGGGAGUAGAAUUUCAAAUGAAAAGGUCCUAAGAAACCAAGGAUAUCGUAUGGAGUGUAACAAUAGGACGAACAACUUGGAACUGCUAUGGAGCAAUGGGAGACUUGAGCAAAAAUUUGCAGCAAUGAGCAACAUGCAUGUUAAACAUGGCAUAAGUGAUGAAUCAUUUUGUCCAGAGAUAUAACUAUUCCUCUCAAAAGACACACACACACACAAUAGAAGAAUAGCGCAAACAAAUCGAAUGGGAAUCAAUCCGCAUUGAGCGAAUCCCUCGAGCCACAGAACGCAAAGUAGAAGAUGUAAUUAAAGUGGACAAAUGACGGGGACUGACCAUGCGUGUCGGUACAAGCUCCCCACCAAUGAAAGAAACAAACAGCUCACGGAUUAGAUUAACUCCGGAAAUGGCACUGGCCUGGACAGAGAAGCAAGAAGGAAUAAUCUUUUGGCAAAAAGGACACCUCAAAAAAAGCGUAGGGGGCGAACAUUGUGUGUGUUUACUAAACAAACUCAAACACAAAGCUUUUAUUUACGAAUCCUUUUUUUUUUUGUUUUGUGCUUCCAACACAUUUUUUGUGCUGGAAAGGUGAUACGAUGCUUUCACCGCCUACCGAACAAGUCUUACAAUGCAUGUGUUCAAUUGAAGAUUGGCUCAAUAACGAGGCAGGGAACAGAAUUCUUCCAUCCUGGGAGGAUGGACGAUGGCUGGUGGACGCGUAAGAAUCAUAUGGAAAGCCAGAAGAGAAAACACAAUUAUACAGUUCAACUGAGUGAAGGGAAUUCCGUAGAUGAGUAGGCCGUGGCAUUGAGAGCUGCUCGAAAGCUAGUAGAACACAGCGACACUGAAGAUAGGAAAGGACGAAAGAUAAAACAAAAACAGAUAGUGGCAGGAUCACGGCGGAGGAAGGCACUGAAAACACGGUUAAGCAAUUUCUUUCUUUUA